AUGAAGUCGUAUGGACAUUUGAGCAUCAAAGACAUCUCUGUAGAAGUUGAUGGUGCUCUUAACAGGGUCACAUGGAUAAACUAUAUAACAUCACUUGAGGAUGUAUUUGAGCGACAAAAGGAAGCACUAAAUAAGAACAUUGGAGGAGGUCUGCUUGGAGUUGUAAUGGCUGUUGUGGAAACAGAGAUUACUGCCUUCAGUGACCGGCAUGCAGAGUUUGAGAAGUUUUUGAACACAGAAAUAUUAGGUGUCUCUGUCGAUAGUGUGUCUGCUGGUGUCUAUGUGUGGGUUCAAACAGACAGGAAAUCUGGAGGACUUGGUGAUCUAAACUAUCCCCUUAUUUCAGAUGUCACUAAAUCGAUCUCAAAGUCAUUCGGAGUGCUCAUCCAUGAUCAGGGAAUAGCACUGAGAGGGCUCUUCAUAAUCGACAAGGACGGAGUGAUCCAACAUUCCACCAUCAACAAUCUUGCUAUUGGCCAAAGCGUUGAUGAGACAAUGAGAACCCUCCAGGCCUUACAAUACAUCCAGGAAAACCCCGAUGAAGCCUGCCCUGCAGGAUGGAAACCAGGGGAGAUGAAAGAAAGAUGA